UUAUAUAGGUAUGAAUACAAGUAUUGUUUGCUGUUACGUCAGCAAAUAUGCUAUUGAGUCACUUCCGCUUCCAUUCGUCCCUCUGUUCCCCCAUCCCCACUCUGCCUCACCUUGUAGCACGCUCUCUUGGUAAUUAGCAAAGCGAGCUUCAUCACGUGAUAACGAGCUGACGAAUGGAAAAGGAGUCUGCGAGUCUGUCGCCUACGGUAGCAGUUGCAGUGGAUGAAAUCAGUGCCGGCCUGGCGCUCGUCCGUCACCAUCGUGUGGACGUCUACAGCUUGGCAACAGCAUGUGGUGUCGACCUGCUCCAGUGGCAGUAGUUGGUAACUAAGCUGCUGCGGGAUUAAAAUUGUUUAUUUUUCAGGAACAAAACGAGAGGGAAAAAACCCCGAGCCUACUCAACUAGAUACGGGAAUAAUAAAAGCCGUAACUGAGAGCAGCGUGUAAAGAUUGGGAUUACCUGACAUGGCAAGUCUGGGGCUAUGCACCCUGAUCUUGGCGGCGUCGGCCUGGACACCUGUCGUCACAGGGAUCGACUGUGGUCCCCCUUCUCAAGUGGACAACGCCGCAGUGACCUACAACAGUACAAGCUAUCAGAGUCAAGCUUAUUACGAGUGCUUACCUGGCUACGAGGCUGACUCCGUUGAAAAUGUUUUCACCUGUAACGCAAGCGGAUAUUGGGAAGGAGAGAUCAUAAACUGCACAGAAACUGAUUGCGGUACAGCGCCAAAUAUCUGGUACUCAACACGAGAUUUCAACGCGAGCACAAACCUUACGACCGUGGCCACCUACCAGUGCUGGAGUGGGUACACGUACAAGACUGGCCCUCGUUUUAACUUAACCUGCUCCGAAUCAACGGAAAAGCAACGUGGGAUCUUCUUCAAAGAUCUUGCCACAAACUCAGCACUUAUUUAGGGUGCUACGUGGCUGGUCCUGCUGUCGUAGACGAAAACGCCAACCUGAACACUUGUCGAGAGACCUGUUACCCUGGCAACAAUCCUUAUUCUGCCCUUCGAGGACCUGCGUGCGGCUGCCUCGCGGAACUUCCGGUGGAGAAGGUUGAAGAUUCCAACUGUACCCUGCAGUGUAAAAACGAAGACAGUCUGUGCGGCGGAGAACCUAACCUCUGGAGUGUUUACGCUACUUUCGAUGGCUGUUACUUCCAGAACUCUUCUGAAGGAUCGUUCCCGGUCCACAACCUGGAGACAUGCCAGGAGUACUGCCGAGGUCUCGAUAACCUUUACGCAUCAUUUUUCGGUUCUGGUGUCUGCAAAUGUCUGAAUAAGACAGAACCAGAAGCAACGCCUGUGGGCGAUGUGUUUUGCAGCGAGGGGAGCAGUCUUUAUACCAGGGUGUACAACUUAGACCUGGUAGAUCGCAUUGGAAAGGAUUGUACCGAUCUGUUUGUUGUUGGUAUUUACAAACAUGGAUGGUAUUACAUGCAAAAUAUCUCGAACCCUGUCUUCUGCAAUUUCUUGGAUGACACCGAGUGCAAGGAAGGGUGGCUGGGCGUGAAAGGGAAUUGUUACUUCUGGUCGUCGGAAUUCAAUGCCAGCAACAUGGAAACAGCCCACAGAUACUGUGUUUCUCAGGACUCGCUCCUGCUCUCCAUCAACGAUCAAGAGGAAUCUACUUUAAUCACGAAUGUCCUUCAGAAACUGCGUCAGUUAAAAAAUAUUAAAGCCAUCUGGAAAAUGGGGCUAUACGAUCAUUUCAAAACGCUUUCCCCUCAAUGGUCUGACGGGUCGUUGCUAAGCUACCGGAAAUUUUGUGUCAACGUACCAAGCGAUCCUAACUGCCAGUGCAUGACCAUUGGUGAUGGCACUUGGCUUUGGAGCGACCGAUAUUGCGACGAACUCACUAACUUCAUCUGCGAGAGCAGUAAAAAUGUGCUUGGAUGUGGCGGAAUGUUAACAGCUGAAAUAAACUCAGUCUACACUUUGAAGAACAAAGAGAAAAUGACACUAACCCUUUGUUUUGAAGCCUGUCGCGCUCAAGGCGUUGCCUUGGCAGCGGCGGCUGGGGAUACCUGUUAUUGCCUGGAAAAUCUUCCACCAUCUUUUGUUAAUUUGACUUGGUCCCAAUGCUCCACCAGGUGUGCAGGACAUGAUUAUCAGCUUUGUGGACUCGACGAUCCAUCAAAUACCACCUAUACAGUAGCAUUCGUUAUAAAGGAUGUUGGCCAGCCUCUGGCAAAAAGUUGUCUCGAUCUUGAAGUUCAAGGCAUAACGGGAUCAGUUUUUAAAGUCAGCCAAGAUGGAGAAGUGGUUUUGAAAAACUGCAGCACCCAAGGGAUUGUUUGUCCUACAGGUUCGGCGUCUAUAAAUGGACGCUGCUAUAAGUAUCUUACACAGAUUGCGUUAAGUCCUCAAGACAUUUGCAGUAGCAUCUUUGGUUCAUAUGUGUCUGUUAUUGACACGGAGCAAGAAAAAGAAAUUCAUUUUGGAGAAAACAACACGAUCACAACGAGUGGGCGAAACGUCUGGACUAUUGGCCUGUUCGACCACCAGCAAACAGGCUUCGUCAGAACUAGCAGUGGUCGUGCCUUGAAAGGGUUGCCGAUUGGGGUAGGGAAUCUCACACCCGAGAAAGGCCCCUGCAUCGCCUUCGACAGAAGCACAAAUCUGUUUGUCUCAACAAGCUGUACUGAGAAUCCUUUUAUAUGCGAGACGGGAGCAGACUUCUUUGGCUGCGCGGCACUGUCAUCUAACAAGGUGCUAGUCCUCGACAACUAUGAGGAGAUGAGCGUCACCCAGUGCGUCGAGCUUUGCCGGGCGAGAGGCGACACCUACGCUUUGCUGGGCGUUCUCCCCUUUAGAUGCUACUGUUCUCUCCAGAAGCCGAUCUCAAGCCAAGAAACCUGCAAUAAAUUUUGUUUCUACCCAGUGGGCCAGCUUUGUGGGGGAUCUAAUGCUUUGUCUGCAUACACUAUUGGCGAGUUUCCUGCAUUUGCUACUUCUUGUGAGGACCUGUUUGCUGAAGGAUUGCUGGUGCCUGGAAAAUAUUUGAUAAACAACCAGUCCAUGUGGUGCACCAUGAAAGAUAAUUCCACGUGCUCAGUAGACCUCUCCCCUGACUGGCUGCACGUGGGAUUACAAGAACAGUGUUUUCAUUUGUCACGGUCCACAGAGUUACCGACUACUAUCUCUGCAACCUGCAAAAACCUGCAACCGUCAAUGGUUCCUGCCUCCAUACGGUCUGAAGGAGAACAAACACUUCUGAUAACACUUUACAAGAUGCUGAAAGACGCUGGUCUGAAGAAUCCGUUUCGCAUCGGAGCAAUGGACCAGCUGGAGGUGGGCUGCUUCACCUGGGCAGACGGCUGGCUCUUCGACUUUGCCCAGUGGAAUACUACUUACCCUAAUCUGCAAUACAGAAGAAGUGAAAGCAGUGACAAAUAUUCGCAUGUCCUGUUUAUGAAUACCGGUGAACUGAUGAAUUUUUAUACCACUCUAGAAGAACGAAGGGUGCUGUGCAGAGAAAUUACAGAUUAUGUUGGGUGCUACCUCAAGCCCACUGAUUUACAAGCAGCAGUAGCUAACUACUCUUCUAUGAGCCUGACGAUGUGCAAACAAGUUUGUAUCGGAAACACAUCAAAUUUUGCUGCCGUUGAAACGGAGAGCUGUUACUGCUUGACCUCUGAACCUCCAAGAAGUAAUCUCGUGAGUACGACAGGUUGCGAUGUACCUUGCCCUAGCAAUGAGUUUCAAAGCUGCGCUCAACCUGGAUAUCUACGGGUUUAUUCGCUCAACUACACAGACGUGGCGACUCAUUGCAAAGUCCUCUACGGCAACUUUGUGGUACUGGAAGGAACUUAUCUUCUGAAAAAUACAACAACUGGUACCACGACACCUACCACCUGUGGCUUGUCGAACUCCACAACCUGCCCCUUAGGGUACAUAGGGUACAAAGAAAAGUGCUUCCGCUUCUUCCCAUCCAACAAGUUCGCGGAGAGUGCGACAGACCACUGCGUGUCUGUGGGUGGUUACCUAGCGACGCCACGCACCCAGGGCGAGAUCGACUUUUUCGUGACAGUCGUGAAAAGCAUCCCCAGUUUGUCAAACCUCUCUAUGUGGCGCCUCGGUAUCGUCGACCUCAUGAAUGGUCAGUACAUGGCGGCGUCAGACGGGUCGCUGAUGGCGUUGUCUGACAUCUGGAACACCACGACGACAAACGACAGAAAGAUUGGACCAUGUAGCAGACUGAUGGUCGAUUCUAAAAGCUUGCUUGGGUCCAUUUGUGCCGCCGAUGAUCCCUAUAUUUGUGAAACUGGACCUGUGUUCCUGGGCUGCGGUCACGUGCCCCAACAGUCGAUCAGCUUCCAGGUAACUCUCAGCGUGAUGUCUGUUCAGCAGUGUUUAACCCUUUGCGAUGCUAAGGACAUCCGUUACGCUGGGCUGACGUCAUCUGUUUGUGCUUGUGUCAGCGAAGACCGCAUCAACAGCACCAACAUUUCCAAAACACAAUGUGAAACUAGGUGUACACAUUCGCUAUCCCAGAACUGCGGGUCCGGAAACCCAACCGGCCCCUUCGCCAUCUAUGACACAGGGUCCUACUCCUACGACGACAAGACACAGGUAUCGUGCCUGAGACUACGACAGUAUGGUGUGACGGCUGUUGGAGAAUACUAUCUGAAGGCACAGAACACAAGCAAGAUAAAGGUUACUUGCUACAACUACGGGUCUCGACUGAAAGACAUUCUCAAAACGGAGGCAUCUGUAAUGCUGUACAAUGCAUCUACCAAUGAAAACAUUUCUCAUAAUGCAAGACUGGACGUUGAGAGUGUUAAGUGGAUGUCGUGGGUGCCUGACAUCACAGACAACUCUCCGUGGGUACAGGUCACGUUGCCCGAUUACUAUUUAGUCAAAGCAGUCGCCAUUUCAGGGUCAAGUGUUCAAGGGAACAGUGACUACGUCACAAAGUUUGAACUCCAGCAUGGACUACUUGAAGACGACCUGCUCACGUACUCAGAGACUUUCAUCGGAAUAGAAAGUGGCAUAAGCACGGACCUUGUGGUUCGGUUCCUGUUUGAACCAGUGGUGGCAAAGGUCCUCCGCCUAAACCCCCUUCAGUGGCCUGAUUCAAGGCGUCCUGAACUCGUCUUCACAUUUCUAGGAGAACUUUACAAAGACUUCGAUCACAACCAGACUUACAUCGGAUGUUUCGCGGACCCUGAAAAAUCCCUUUUCAGUUCAUAUACUGUGGUGUCGACUGCAGAGGCCUGCAAAAAUCACUGUCUUGCAGAAGGGAAGCCAAUGUAUGGCCUUGUCCUUUCUGAUGCAGAUACAAUCUGCGCCUGCGCCAGCGAAGUUGGCACUUACGGUUUACUGGGAGAUGACAGAUGCUCCUACAACUGUAGUGUGGAUGAGAAAUGUGGAAGCGAUGCUGAAGCGUCUGUUGCUGUACACAGAACAUACUCGAAAAGCUGUCCAGAACCACCUGUUGUUGGGAAUGCCAGUUCGAAGAAGACUUACCUGGAGUACUCACCUGGUGUCGCCACCUUCGGCCUGAACGUGACCUACACGUGUAACGAGGGUUACGAGUUUCCUGACCUCAGCAGGAACAUGACAAUAACUUGCCAGCAGAACAACGAGUGGUCACAACAACCACCAGAUUGUCAAAUCGUCUCCUGUCCGCCUCCUCAGAACAUGAUCAACUCUCACUUAAAGUACAAAGACCUGUUCUACGGUUCAAAUGCUACCUACACGUGCGACAAGAGUCAUUACAUUAUUGGCGGCAAAUCACUUGCUGUGUCCACCUGUUCAAGUGCCAAGACCUGGACAUCUGCACUGCAAUGCUUAUAUGUGAGACCCAAUCGAAAAAACUAUGCCUGCCUGUUGGCAAGAGGUCAGCUGAUCACUGGCAGCAACCUUCUCGAGAUGUGGACACGCAGUCGCUUGGAGUGUAGCGUGCAGUGCAUGACCACCGACGACUGCUCUUUCUACAGCUUCUCCCAAAACUCCACGUCCUCAGGCAUCAACUGCAAGAUGCACAGUGACAACAGUGGCAUCGUUGCCCAUAGUUCCUGGACUAUCUUUGCCAUUAGCCCCACGAGCUGCAGUUAAAGCGAAUGGUUAAACAAAUGAAUCGUCAUUGACCAUUGUGCAAGUCUAUUACAGAGGGUUUCUUGUUUGUGGUUGUCUUUUAUUGUAUCAUUUUAUUCCAAUUUCUAUUGAAUAUCAAAGAACGAGCCAAAAUGUGCGGUGGUAAUACUGAUCAGAUGAUCAUCCCUCCACCCUCAACCACCCCUGUUGUUUAUGGGGUUUACAUCAGACACGUCUAGCAAGUGUAUGGUAAGAUAUAUUACAAAAAUGAUCCUGUUGUGCAUUGUGGUUUAUUACACCAUGGAACAAAAAAGUGUUUCGUCCAUCUGCUGUUCUUUUUUGCUAAGCAAAUAUCUGGGAAGAGAUUGUCUUUUGGAAGAAUAUGACUUUGUGAAUUUUUAUGCAAGACAUGAUGACAGUAAGGGCAAGAAAACCGACACUUGACAGAAAUCAGCUCCACUUUUUUGACUUCAACAAAGCAUUCUAUCAAAUUAAUUACAUUUCCAAGAGCAAUUAAUUAUUUCUGUUUGUGUAUUUGCCUUCCUUCUUCCAUUACCCGCCCAUCAGCUUUUUCUGAGAAUGAAAAUGCAUUGAAUUGACCGCUUCUAUUUUCACAAAGUACUGAUCUGACUCCAGUCACAGAUCGAUCUGCUGCCAUGUAAAAGUGGAAACUUGUUACACCCACUGACCCAGAAAAAAGCUGCUUUCAAACUUGAUGGACGUUGGGGAUAAAUCUAUUGGUGUGAACAAUAAAACUUAUAAACGUAUUCAAGCUGCCAAUCUCCCGUCUGGCAUGAAAUGUUCACAGCCGCUUACAGAAUGUAAUUACAAAACAUCAAUUGACCAUAAUUAUCUUUUUGAGAAAUAAAAUAAACAACAAAAAACGCGUAAUGAUGUUUUAACAGAAAAGUGCGCAAAUUGAUUUUUGACAGAAGAAGGGUCAAGUUUUGAAGGACUUUGCUACAUAACAUGCACUGUAAUUCUAUUUAAUUCUAAACUGAUCAAAGUUGUGAAGAUGCUAUGUUUUAAACCUUUUGUAGAAAAGUAUUUUAUUUUGUCUUUUGUUCUAUGACCGAUUUAAGAAAACAAUUGCAAAUGCUACUUAAAGCAGAGACAGUUUUUAUGUGUCUGUAGUGGAUUUUAGAGCUCGAACAAGCUUAGGGUUAUAUGUUUUGAUAUUGAUGUUCGCUGUCUAAUUCUACUUGUCCUGUGUAAUUUUAAAAAAACUUACAAAAUGUUUAUAAAAGACUUUGCAAAAGUAUUUAAAUGAAACAAUAAAACAUUAUCUU